CAGAUCUUAAUAUUGAAAUUCCAAUCUACUUUACCCCCAAAAAUUUUCAGUAAACCAACCACAGCUCUUGAUUCGAUUCAAGACCCAAUUCGGGAAACCAAAAUUUUGGCGAUCCAGUCCAAGUACCACAAGGCAAAUUGAAUAUUGGGUUUGAACCCUUGGUCUCAUUCUGGUUCUGGGGUUUGAACAUUUUUAGAUAUUGAAAUGCUGAUUCAUGGUUUAGUCCCUUCAAAACUAAAGUUUUUGUCGUCUGUCUGCGGAGAAUCUAUGUGUUCUAGAUAUGGGCGGCAAGGUUUCCGCUUUCUCACCUCCACUUCGACUAGAACCAACUCCAAUUGGGACCCAACGCUGUCUCUUCAACUCAAUCACCCAACUCUUGUUUUGCUUGAAAAAUGCAGUUCCCGGGUUCACUUCAAACAGAUAUUAGCUCAGAUUAUGAGGGUUAAUCUUAUUGCUGCUACUUUUCCUAUGAGCAGGCUCAUUUUAUUCUCUGCAAUAUCAUAUCCCCAGAAUCUAGACUUGGCUGUUCUUCUUUUUAAUCAUUUUACUCCUAAUCCUAACCUUUAUAUUUAUAACACUAUGAUAUCUGCUUUAUGGUACUCAAGUAGUCAAUCUCUUGCUCUGUACAGUUCUAUGCUUAGGUCUUGUGUUUACCCAGAUAAGAACACACUUGUUUACUUAGUGAAAUCAUCUAAAUGUUUAGUGGAAGUGAAGCAAAUCCAUUGUCAUGCUGUUGUUACUGGGUUGUUGUUGUCUUUGGAGAAUAACUAUUUGCAGAACUCACUUAUGAAGAUGUAUAUAGAGAAUGGACAGAUGGGUCUUGCUCAUAUGGUGUUCUUGAAUAUGCCUGAACCAGAUACUGCUUCUUAUAAUGUUAUGAUUGUUGGUUAUGCCAAGAAGGGAUGUAGUUUGGAGGCAGUGAAACUGUUUCAUCAAAUGGUAGCUCUUGGUCUUGAGUAUGAUGAGUUUACCAUUUUAGGACUUCUAGUUUGUUGUGGGAAGUUAGGGGAGUUGAGAUUGGGGAAAUCUGUUCAUGGGUUGAUGGAGAAA